UACGGAAAGUAGUAGCAAGGAACAUUCAGCUUGAAUGCGAACAUCGAGACAUUUCUUCUUUCAGGCCCCCCACUUCUACUGGAAAAGCACACAGUUCGACACAAUGGAUAGACGUCCACAAACUAGAUUCUGGUAACUUUUGGAUGACCUCUGCAAGACAAAGACAGGACAGAUCUAUUGUACAUCAUAUUACCCUCUUCUUUGAUGUCUUUUCUUUUUUCUUCUUUCCUUAUCAAUUUCUUUCCUCUUAAUGCUCCUUGAGAUUCUCGGUCUUUAUUUCUUUCGAUAUUUUUUUGACAAAUGUAACAAACCAUGUUUGAAAUUAUUGCUGGUGAAUUAGACUAAAGGGCAUCAAAGGUUAGAAAAGUCAAUUCACACAAAAAGCUUGGUUUACCUGAGGGUCAAUGAAGCGAACAGCAUUUGAUGAAUAUUCUUAACCUAUUAAUACCUGCUUUUGAAAAUAAACUAUAUUGAAUUUUGGUCACUUGAUUACAUGUAUAUUAUUUAGUUAAAUUGGUGAAAAUUAUGAGAUGCACACAAAUCCGGUGAUAAACUCCCUGCCUCCCUAUUGGCUGAGCCAGUCACAUGGCUGCCUAACUUUAUUCAGUUGACAGCAAGUAGGAGGGCUCUAUGGAAGGAGAAAAAAAGACAACACGAGAAAAAUUAGUAUUUUCUACCUUCAGAAAUUAAUGGCCAUGAGUUCGUAUAUGGUGAACUCUAAGUAUGUGGAUCCCAAAUUUCCUCCUUGCGAGGAAUAUUUACAGAAUAGCUACUUAGCUGAGCAGGGCUCCGACUAUUACACCGCAUCGCAGGGCUCUGAUUUUCAGCAUCAGGGAAUCUAUCCACGGUCAAACUACAGCGAGCAGCCCUUUAGCUGUAGCAAUGCCCAAGACUCUGCAGUGCAGCCGCGGGGUCAUGGACAGGAGCAAUCCGGCCCACCGAGCCACUUCCCCGGUCAAGCAGAGCAUUGUCUACCGCCUCCAGUAGCCAACUCACGAGCCUGCAGCCAGCAGCAAAACCUCAAAACCCCAAACGGGUCAGCAAUUAAGCAGCCAGCAGUAGUUUAUCCCUGGAUGAAGAAAGUCCAUGUUAACUCGGUGAAUCCCAAUUACACCGGAGGCGAACCUAAACGCUCCAGAACAGCCUACACAAGGCAGCAAGUCCUAGAACUGGAAAAAGAAUUUCAUUUUAACAGGUAUCUGACUAGGCGUCGUCGUAUUGAAAUAGCCCACACUUUGUGUCUCUCUGAACGCCAGAUCAAGAUCUGGUUUCAGAACAGAAGAAUGAAGUGGAAAAAAGAUCACAAACUGCCCAACACUAAGGGUAGGUCUUCUUCAUCUGGUUCAAACCAACAUUUACAGACUGUUUCCAAGGACCAUCAGACUGACUUGACAACUUUAUAGAAGAGGGGAAAUUUUCCAUUUCUUCCUUUGAUUCGGAACAGUACUGUACAUAAGUGACAUUAUCCAAGCAGAACCUGCAUGUAGCAGCUAAAGACUCAAGAGCGUCAUCUUGCUUUAAGGU